AUGAUUUGCUACCUGAGGCUUGGAAUUUUUACUGAGCAAGGAAGCCUUCAUUUUUCUGGACUUGGUGCACCAAAGAAAGAGAACAAUUAUGCCUUUUGUCAGGUUGGAAAAUGUGACGUCUAUUAAUGAUGCAUUCAAUUUUUAUUGAAUUAACUUCCAAACUCAAGCCUUUAAACCAACGUGGUUAACAAUCAAUGUUUGUGUUGUGUAUUUGUCGUUUCUUCAAGGGACACUGUGACAUCGGCGUAUUGUGCAUUUUUGAAAUAAGAGUUGAAGUCCAACAAGAGAUACGACCUUCUUGAUCAUCAAUAAUUCGUUAAAACCUCAUGCGUUGUUCACAAGAGUUGUGAUUUAGAUUUGUUGACCGCUACGUGGUAAGGAGGUGCAUCCACUAUUAGAUAUAUUUUAUAGACCUAGAGUUUGCCUAAUCAGUUCCUUAAUGAACUGGGACAAUAUCACUUUUUUCAAAAGGAUGGAAGCGACAAUAUUUCUUUAAACAGUCAGAGGGAAAAUUAUUGUGUUUGGUAAAUCCUGAUUUUUAGGAUUAUAAGUUUGAGAAUCCAUUCUACGAACCGCCCAAUAUUCUGGCGUCUGCCAGCCAUGAAAAUGGCACCAGGGAACUAUCAAUGAAGGCAGAUGGUCGCUAUAGCAACGCUUUGACUGUCUGGAUUGAGGUGAGUAGCCUUGAAGAGACCUAAUAAGUUGAAACUGUUUCAAAUAUUUGCUGGUUAAAAUAGAUGCCUUCGCUAAAGAGUAAAGCACUUAUAACUAAUAAAAGAAGAAGUUCGAAGUGGCACUUAACACUUGACGACAAAUUCAAGCAAUAGCUUGAAUCAACAAUCUUAUUGUCAUUUUCCGUACUCAUUUUCACGAUGAUGAUUCUUCUUAACGGGAGCUCCGUGGGUUCAUGGUUUUAAAUUGACAACCAACUUUCUCGGAAUGUAUUGUUAUUUUCAUGUAAUCCGAUUGGUCAACUUUGUCUAGGUGACCUCUGUUAUAGUAGUCGCACUGUAACAGACAGCAGCGUCCACUAUAUAUCCGUGAGAACUGUACGUCCGUUUAAACGAUUCAAAGUUGCCCUUGUCCUUAUUGCCCUAACUGGACGCCCCUGUCUGAAAGCUAACAAGUCAAUACAAACUUUUUAUUUAUCGGUAUAUUUGAUGUUAUUUUCCAGGAGAUCACUCGUUUGUCUUUCAAAGUGUGCAUCAAAGACAGUCAGGGAAUGAGCAAGUCUCACGAUCCAGUUACAGUGGACUAUGCAAUAGUGGGAGGUACAUUACUCUUAUAUUUGCUUAUUCUUUAAUUUCAAAGAUUUGUCUCUCAUACUGGUUCGUCCUACUAUCAAGGCAUUUGGACGUUGGGUCAAACGUCAAAUUGAAGAAAUAAAUUGGAAUAAGAAUAAAGUCAGGCAAUUGUCACUUUAAAAAACUAUGAUCAAAUGUCGAAGAAAGAAGUUAUAAAAAAUGGCGUUUAAGUAUUAAGAACAACUUCGUAUUGAUCGUCUUAUUAUCUGGGUGAAUAACUGCAGCUGUGUACCUCUUUUUCAAGCGUUUUUGUAGAAAAAGUAACUUCCCCUUUCCUAUCCUUUUUUGCCAUAAAUUUUCUCCACGGGAAAAACAAAGCACAAUUUAAAAGCAGUUGCGCUCUCAAAGGAUAUAGGACGUCAGGUCAAUUUGCUAUUCACACAAGUGCUGAUUUUGUUGUUGUUUUUUUGCCCUAAAAGAUAUAGACCCGUGCACAAACGUUACUUGCGAUUACCAUGCCAUCUGCAAAGCUUUCUCUGCAUUUGAUGCCCGCUGUGUUUGUGAUGACAACUGCCCGUCGUACGAGGAGCCAGUGUGUUCAUCCAACUCGACAACAUUUAAGAACAAGUGCUUUUGUCUGCUGGACAUUUGCAGGCGCAAGAGUAACCACACUCUCUAUCAUCCCGGUAGCUGUACAGGUAAGAGAGCGGAUUAUAAGGUUUUUUUAAAACCACUUUAACCAGCGUAUGUAGAGCUCUAAUGUUAUGAGAUAUAGUCCGGCUGAUUACUUAUAACAUCACUCAAUUUGGCGGCCAUCUUGGGCGCCAUCUUGGAAUUCCGUUUUAUGCACCAUGGCAUUUCCGGUGCAUCUGUAGGUCCAAAAUUGAUCAUGAUUAAAUACUAUUUUGCUUAUUUUGGUACUGUUUUGAACGCAAUAAAGUGCCAAUUAUAUAGUGCCACUAUAUGAUUGUGUGAUUGUACAAUCAGCUUUAAUUUACUUCCUCGCAUAUAGAGAGGAUUUUAUACCUUUUUUUCUCAUCCUCAUCAGGUAUUUGUAGGAUGCAUCUUUUUUUGUCUUUAUGUUAACUUUAUGGCUGUUGUUGUUUUUUUGUUUGUUUGUUUGUUUUUUAUCGCUUUCAGCUCUAAUUAGCUUUGUUUUUUUUCUAUGUUGUAUCUUCUUUUUCUUGUUGUUCCUCAACAGGUUUUCCUGUUCAGACUGGGCGAGUUUCACUGAGGAGACAUGUACAGUGGGCAGAGACGGCCUGUGAAGUAGUGAAAUUUCCACCGUUUUCAUUCUAUCCGGACAAAGAAGUGCACGUACAAAUAACGACCAAUCACUGGAACAUAAGCGAGAAAAAUUUUGUACAUGAUGCUACUGUGUCCUGGGUGGAAACUGUUAACUUCGAGAAUUUUGAGGUGAAUAUUUUAAAAGGAAGUUUUCAAUUCAAGUAUUACUUCAAGUAGUAAUUAGUGAGCCUUUGUUCAUUUGUCUUACAUCUCCAAGAACUCUUGUUCACCUGUCAUAUUUCUGGCAAAGUAAAAUACUAUUUAAACAUAUUUUAUUUUCACAACGAGUUACUAGCGGAGAUUUCGCGUCUUGCGCGCGCAGAGGAACACUAUGGGUAAGAAAAUUUGGUUAUCUAUGCAUCCAAGAAAUUUUGGUUACUAACAAAAUCGUGCGUACGUACGUAGGACCGCGUCUUCAUGUUAACGGAUGUGAAAUGUCUUACUAGCUGUAAGUCUAAAACAUAUGCAAAUUGUGUUUAACUCGAUUUUGGACAUCCAUGUUAUAAUCAAUUGACAGCUGUCAAAGUAGGGCAUCUGCAGACCAGUGUCACAUGACUUUAUCGCGGGCUCAGGUGUGCAACUUAUUGAGAUGACGGGUUUUUUUAAAGUUCUCCGCUGACCAGUAACAGAAUUCAAGAGAUCGCAGGCUUAGAAAACUUUACUGCAGGAAGUAAGUUACCACGAGAGCUUCGCUUUUGGCCUUGGCUAAAUCUAUAUAUUAUCUUACCAUAUAAAAUAAACAUUAGCCAUUACAUUUUAUCUUUAGGUGUGCGUGACUGCAGCAGGAAGAAAUGAUCGCUUUAUCAAAGAAUUUGCCACGGUGGACUGGAUGGCCUACCAAGGUGCUCCUGAUGGAGGUGUGGCGGGUAAAAUGCGCAUUCCAGAAUGGUGGACUGGAUCACAGUGCUCAAAAGUCAGCCUUCCUCAGGCAAUAACACUUUAUUGUUACCUCUCAGCUGCAUCUUGUUUCGUUACAUAAACCAUAAAAAAUAAUGACCUUUAAUUAAGUUUUCAAUAAGGUGAACAUUUGCUAUGCUGAUGUCAUAAGUACUAAACACUCCAGUUGUUAUCCAAUCAAAGAUAUUGUACUUGGACUUGCAGACAUGAGCUGCAAAGAGGCAGCCCAGUUCUGUCCACGAAAUUCUUUCUGACACAUAGGCCAUUUUUAAACCUUUUUCAAUUUUUACACUAUUUGUCAGAGGGGGGGAGAUAUUCUUAAAAAAAAGCAUUAGUUGAUACAAAAAAUAUGGGAGAAAGAAACUUGUACGGUCUAGGGCUAAAUUUGACAGUCGCGUUCAGACACCUGACCACGAUCCAAUGUCCUAUGAGCGUCCCGAUCAUGUGAAAAGUUAUUUAUUCCAAAUUUUACAUGCUAUUCUCCCAAUCAGCUUUGCUGUGGAUACUUAAUGAUUACCAAUUCAACUUUCUUCCUGUUAUGAAUGGUUUUUUUUUUAACAGGGAAAAUUUGCGUCUACACCAACGGUCCUGGUUACAGCAGAACAUAUAAGUGCAGACUUUAAGCAUGAUGCCGCAAGUUUGUGGGUGGAAAACGCAACCAGUUCCUCCUUUUACAUUUGUCUUCGAGAACUACAGAAUUAUGAUGGUCUACAUGAAGAUAUCUUUGUGGUAUAUGUUUUCUCCUUUAUAAACAUAUCUGUCUUGAGUUUGCUAAAUCGUGGCUAAAGAAAUUUCAAGUGCAUUUUAACAAUUUGAUAUCUAAGUCGAAUGGAAAGUAGUUACGAAAUACUAGCUGACAACUUUAUUGCUGGCAACAGACGGUGAAUUUCUCUCUCAGAAGAAACAGGAUUUUGGGAUAAAAUAAACAACAUCUGAAACGUCCAGAAAUUAUAACUUUUUAGUCAGCCAAACCAUGAGGCCCCAUACGCAAGUGUCUGCCGAAAACAGAUUAAGAAGCCACAAUAUUUGAGCACAGAGUAGGCUUUCCAAGACAAAAUCACCUAAACUAAAUAAUUGCGAAGCGUUUUUUUUUAUGCUUGGUACCGUAAUCUGGUAACACGAGCUCAACCACAUACCUGAGUUUUGUUUGUCAACGCUUUCGGUAAAUCACAUAAUAUUACUUUAGCGGCAAUCACAAAACUUCCAAAAACCACUCGUAAUAUUUCCACAUUUAACAUGGGCGAAUGAACGUCAAAUUACUCGGAAAAACUGUCGCAUUCUGCACAUAAAUCGUCGAUGGAGACUUCUUGACUCACACAGUCGAUUUAUUCAAGAUCCUGGUUGUAAACCAGCGGUUGAAAAGGAGACAUGGAGCCCCCGCCUUCCAAACAAUUUUUGACGAAGACGUCUUUGGCCUGGUCAGAGAUCAGCAUCAAUUUCCAUCUCGCCGGAUAAAUUUCACCCCUAGAACCUCUUUUGUGAGGCCAAAGACGUUUUGCUGCCAACAACAAAGUUCGCAAUAUCCAAUCUUUCCUUCUCAAACCCGGGAUCAGUCUUCAUCAGAGUAGCUAAAUGAGACGAAAUACGAGAAGACGUAGCAGACUUUGCCAAUCGUGAGACUUGUUCCUUCGUAAGGCUUAAUGAUGUCUUCCGGAAAGCUUUGCUUAAGGCAACCACAAAAAAAACUCUAAGAAUGCCCACUAAGAGAGCCGUGUUCAGUCUAAAACGCGGGCUGACUUCAAACUGGCAUACACAGAGAAUUAUAUAGGAAGCUAUGACAGGCGUUUUUUAAGAGGGGGGGGGGGGUUGUAGGUUAAUAGCCAUUGAGAAACGCAUGACAGUCUAUCUAAUGCAGCGUAUUUUUCAGCCAACAAAUUCAACAAUAUGACGUUCUAAUGACGUCAAACGUCAUUGUGUCAAUCAAAUUGUGCCUAGACGUUGGAAAAUAUUUUAUUCUGUGUAAUUUUGGUGGCCGUAUCACGAGUAGUCUCCUUCGCAGCCGUUAUUAGGGUCGUCACGCAACGCUCCUCCCCACUAGGGGAGGAGCGUUGCGUGACGACCCUAAUAACGGCUGCGAAGGAGACUAUAUCACGAGAGGUUUUAAAGUUAUAGAGGGGAGCCUCCAAAGCCAACCCACCCAGGUCGCAGGGAGCAAAAAAAAAAAAACGGGUCAAUGAUAAAAUACGUGAGAUGAGUUCCCGCUAGCAUUGUGGAUACAAGUUACAAAUCGUCUUAGGGCACAGCUCAAUUAUUUUUACACGGGAUUUAGGUAUGAGAUAGCAAUCCAUUUUUUAUUGCUAUCACUCUUUUUAGAGUUGGAUGGCCUUUGAAACAAUCCACAGGCCCCUUUUCGCUGAGAGCAAACACGUGGAUUUUCCAAACAACAAUUCCGUUUCUACGAGCUACAAUGGUGCAUUUUGCAAGGUAAGACGCAAUUUUACUUUUAAGUAGAAGAAAGCUCUUUAUCUGUUUAGAUGGAACAGUAGACUUGCUACAAGUCGACCUCUGGACGAAGUCGCGAGAGGUCGACCUUCAUCCCGCGCCAAAUUAAAUCCGACGAAGGACUUUUUUGAAAGUCUAAUGGGACAGCAGAGAAAAGCGGCUAUCAAAUAAGUACAUUUAGGAAUUUUAAAUCAUCUUUACGGCUGUAAAACUCCAGACUUUAUCCCAACUUAAUAAAUGGGAGUAAAAAUGAAGGAAGUUCACCAUGACUGAUCUCACAUCUAGUUGCCAUAUCAUGUCAUAUGAUCUUUCAAAAGAAAUGAGAUGAGGCCAAGAAAUGAACUUAUGUUUUGAAAGUUCAUCAAAGCCGUCGAAAAAAAAAAUCUUGAACAAAGAAAUGUUUUUCUUACUCAAAAAUUACCUGUUCCUUCGAGUCAGCGCAGAUAAAUUCCAGCCACCUAUAGUAUCACCAUUCAUUGAUCAAAAAUGGACGGUGAUUCAAAUGCUAUAUCAACAGCCUUAUUUUUAUGUCCUUAGGACGUUCCAUUUGCAAAGAAUUACGACAAAGAACCCAUAGUAUUAAUAGCAGCCGGUCAGAACUCAGAGGGCAACAAUUUGAAGCCAAUAUACAUGUCCGUGACCCCAUGGAUUGAGGUAUUCUCAAGUUAUUUAACUAAUAUACGACGCUCUUUCUUCAAAAUAAGUAAGAUCAAGCUGACAACCCUGUAGGAAAUGUGCAAAUGAGCUAAAUUUCACCUUUCUCUGUUCAUGUAGCCUGUUUAUCAGUCAUAGUCGCGCAGCGAAAAGUACUAUCUAUUUGUCCAUCUGUUAUUCGAGGUCAGUUUUUUUUUUGUUUAGAUGGGAAUUCAAAAUGACUCAGUUACAGGCGUUUAAGCGAACGUCUCUAAAAGUUGAGCUAUUACUGUUUGUUCUUGUAAGCGAAAUAUAUGAUGCUAGAUGAUAUGCUUAUUUUACAGCACAUCAAGACCAGCGAAUUCCGCAUUUGUCUUAAGGAGUUGUUCGCUGACCAGCAUGAUCCUGUGACUGUGUCCUAUACAGUACUGGCAGGUGUGUUAGUAAAUGAUAAAAACAAAUUUUCUUUGCGAAGACCUUCUCAUGCCCAGCAAGCUUUGGUAGAUGUCAAGUAAACUUAGAGGCUCCUUGUUUCAUAUCUCCUUUAGUAAUCACCAGUAAAUGUAUUUUCUUAGUUCCUACGUACUACAAGUAAAGGUUUCUAUUUCCAAAAACUUCUCGGUCGGCUAAGGCCUAAGCCAAACGUAGAAGUUUUCAUGGAACGAACCAAACUCUAAUUUGAGUCGACCUAACUUAAGUUAAUUAAGAUCGGCUGCUGGAUAACACGUCGAUCUUUAUAGGGCGCGUGGAACCAAUCAACUGAAUCAGAUCAGUAAUAAAAUUAUUUUCUCCCGAACGAUUUUAUAUAGAUUAACGAACAAUUUUUUUUAAAUUUAUUAGUUUAGUUCCUCACAUGUGAAGAUCGACGUUUGUCCUGGAGACGAUCUUCGGACGCUCUGUCCGUCGUAACGUGUUGGACGAACCAAACUCAUUCAGCGAACUUAACUGAGCCAAACGUCGCUAAGAAAGUUUCAUGAACUUAAAUCACUAAGUUUGGUUUGUCUCAUGAAAAGUGCGACGUUUGGCCUAGUCUUUGUUACGCACAAUUUACUUCACACAAAAUGUUUUGUAUACUGCAGAUGUUUGUAAGCCGGGCUGGUCAUAUUUUAAUGGUAUUUGCUACUCGACAAGCCAUUCGUGCAAAAAUUGGACCGAAGCUGAGAAAACCUGCCAAGCAUAUAGCGGCAACCUCAUCACUGUGCGGAAUCAAGAAGAAAACGUCUAUAUUCAGCAUCGGCUGAAUGGUGCCAGGGGCUGGAUUGGGCUAAACGAUAGGGUAAUUGAGGGUACUUUCGAUUGGGCAGAUAAUCAAACCAGUAACUUUUCAUACUGGGCGAAGAACCAACCAAACAACUUCAACAAUGAAGAUUGCGUUCACACUUUAGGAGUCAGUCAUAGUUUUAUGUGGAAUGAUGUAAGCUGUGGUACUUGCCAUAACUAUACCUGUUCAGAAGGUUUGUGGGUGACUUACCUCUUUUAUAUACCAACUUUUGUACGCUAUAUACAGUUAAAAUAGCGUGACGGGACGCGUGAGCGUAACCCGUUUACUAUAGUGAGAACUUAGUGUAAAAAUUUAAAAAUAUACAUAUACAAUAAUAAAAAAAAGCACUUUAAAUAAUGCUCCAAAAGAAAAUAAAACUAUUCAAGAUAUCUAGGAUCUAAAAUGAUAAUUAUAAAGUCUGAUCUUUAAAGUUCUCUUAAGUAAAUUACUUAUUCGGCUGUAAAAAAAAUUCAUUGACGGCUACUUCAUACCCACAAAAGUCCAAAAGAUGUUGAAGGAAGAGAGUUAAUAAUUUCGAAAGCGAUAUUCAUUGUUCAUGUUGCAACUUUAAACGUUCUAAAGUUGUUUAGUGUUCCCGAGAGUACAGAAUUCUGCAUGUUAUAUACAAAAACUCCCUUACUCUUUACUUUCGACCAACUGCUUCAGCUGCACUUCUAAGUCUGGGCACCACCCCCCAAGUACGUCCAUUAUGAUAUUAUAUUGUUUCACUUCAUAUCCUUGGUACUUCUGCUUUAACUCCGGUCCCAACGGAGCGGUUCGUAUUGCGUGGUUUUCUCCUCCUCCUUUUUCUCCCGGCUUGUAACCCAUGAGCAGCUCAUCUCAAGCGUUAUAACUUGCUUUAAAUCGUGUUUGAUAAUGCGAGCAUGAACUCUGUUGGCUUCAACUUCUUGGUGCUCCGCAAAUAGGGGGACAUCCCAGAACACUUGCGCAUCGUUCGCCUCUUACACUGGCUUCGGUUUCAGUGGCGGGUACUAAGGUGGCACCGAGUCUCUGACAAGACCUAGGUCUUGCAAAGUCUCGAAGAAAAGUAUCUUCAGGGCUGUAUUAUUAUGUCGAGUAAUGUACUUGUUCUGUGCAAGGGCAGUACAACAAGCCAGGACAUGAGCGACACUUUCAGGGGCGUUAUUACAUAGCCUGCAGGUUACCUCACCCAUCACAUCCGUGUGCUUUUUCUGGCAGUCAUACAACCUCGUAGGUAUUAUUAUUAUUAUUAUUAUUGUUAUAAUAAUAAUAAUAAACGUUUUUAAUGUUAUCAGGAGCCGAUAUUAUUAAUUGCUUCCUACACUCUCCUAGAACCGGGGCCAAUCCAUGGUCCUGAGGUACCAGGGGAGUUUUAUAUUUGAUGGACACUGAGAAACCUUCUCAGUAUGUGCGCCGUUCCUAGCAGGAUGAUCUUUUGCAGCUCAUUAAUGUUACUGGCUCCAGGAAUCUUACCUAUAUUCUGGCCCAUUCCCUCUCUAAUAAGUCCCAGUGCACCAACAAUAACCGGCACAGUCUCUGUCCUCAUUCCCCACAUUUUCGUGGUUUCAAUCUCAAGAUCUUUGUAUUUUGAAAGCUUUUCAAUGACUUUCGUCGCGGUGUUUCGGUCGGAUGGUAGCGAUACGUCUAUAAGUUUGCAACAUUAUUAUUGUUAUUGUUAUUAAUAUUACUAUUGUUAUUAUUCAUUAGUUCCUAUUCAAAAGCAAUUUCCGAUUUGCCCCAAGCCUGUUUCAAAAAGAGAUUAUAAAACUACUUCCUCAUGGAAGGGUUUGCUCUGGACCUCAUUUUGAAAGUGUGGGUUUUUAGAAAUCGAAAAUGGUCUAUUUUAACUUUUCCAGGCGUUAAGAGUUAUUUUUAUUUAUUUUAUUUGUAUUUUCAGAGAAGAUCCUAAUUUACUUUCACCAAUUUACACCUCAAUAACCAAUAGGCCAUUUGCACGAUGCUGUCAUUUACUACUACUUCCAGAAUCCCUCAGGGUAUUGCUUUCUUAUGCAAAUUACGGCUUUUGUUAUGUAAACCUCACUGGGAUUAGCAAAUUUAAAUAUGAAAGAAAAAACGAAAUGAAUUCUGGUCCUAGUAGUAAAAAAUCGUCAUCGUGCAAGUGGCCCAUUUCUUUGGCUUCUUAGGUGACUAAAAGUUUGAGUUUACUGUAAGGGGAUGUUUACAUGAGAAAACUCGCACCGGCGCGAGUUUCAUACCAGGAUGACUUUUUGAUUUCUUAUCGCGUUUACAUGACGACUGGGCUUUUUCGUAUCUCGUUAGUCGAAGGUACACGUCAUGUUAAUAAAAUACACGUGUGAUUCAAAAUCGCAAACAUAACGCAUGCGCUACCCGUUUCAGUAUACCGGCAGAGCGAUUUCACACCGAAACGGGUGGUCGUUUCGCGCUUACAUGAUACCGUUGGGAGAUUUCGUACCGGAGUGAAAUUCUCGCCCCGGUACAAGAACCGGGGUGAGCUCUCGCCGGGGUGACUCGCGCCGGCAUGACAUUUUGUGGUGGUAUCAUGUAAACAAAUAUAGAGCCAUGAGAGGGAACCUGAGUGAACUCUCUCCGGGGCGAAAGUCGCCCCGGCUUCAUGUAAACACCCCCCAAAUCUGUUUGUUGCAGAAAUAGUAUAAAUUAAAGGAUUAGUCUACAAAGAAAAAUAGGCACUACUUUUGUAAAAAAGAAAAUUAGACGUCACAAAAAGGAUCCAUAAGUGGGUGCUUUUAGCACUGCUUCACCCCUUCAUACACAACAGUUUUCAUGCUGAUUGAAUCAUAUGAGCAACGAUUUUAAUUUUUAUUCUUUAGUUAAAAAAGUUGAUUGAUAAUCAGUCGUUUCAUUAUUUGUUUUGCAGGUUGAUUGACUGAACGAUUGUUUUAUAUUCGUUUUUAAAUUUAGAUUAUGAUGAAUGUGGAGGAAACAAUAACCAUUGUCAUCAGAACGCCAUCUGCACAAACAUCAUUGGCUCCUAUAGCUGCCGGUGCUCCGUAGGAUAUGCCGGUGAUGGCUUGCUUUGCAGAGGUAUUAUGUUCAAAGCCCCAAGUUUUAGUUUUUCGUUUAAUUCAUGAAGCAUGAUUAUCAAAGGAAACUCGUCCAAUGGUAAACAGACAUCUCUUGUGAGUUUAAGGCUAGCUACAACCCUGGUCAAAACGUCUUGGGACACUGGAGGAAAUUUGGCACAAAGACGCACUUUGCUAAAUUACCUCAUAUUCUACCUCUUAAAAAAGCUUGGGGAUGUUGUUGUAAGAGGCUAUUUCUGCUGUCCCCCUCUCCCCCAAGCAGUGUUGAUUGUGUUGAAUUAAAACUUGAAUACAUAACGUCAACACUGCACCGAGGGGGAAGGGUGGAGGGAAGAUACCUCAAUUUGACGAGCUAUUGCGUUAGUGUCCCAAGAGUUUUGACCGGGGUUGUAGAAUAAAGUAGAUUAAGCAUGCUUUCACCGUAAAAUUGCGUGAAAAUGUAUUUUUCAAAGAACUCGUAAGAGGGGUUUUAAAUACUGAGCAGCGUAUAAUAGCUAGUAGUGAAAUAAGCGUUUAAAUAUUGGCUGGAAUAAUUUAGGAGGGAAGUCUUCUCAGCAACUUUUUUUUCCAAUUUCAGAGAUGAUAAAAUUUGCACAUUAUUUCCUAAUCUCUAUGAAUAACAGCAAUAAAGUUGAUUAACUAUCCUUAUUUUAUAGUUCAUAGGUAUACAGACCAUACUAUAACUUUAAAUACAGCCCAAAAAGAGAACUAAUUAAAAGUUCAUAGAAUAAGGACAUGUAUGUACGGUUGUUGUAUUUCCCUGCAAUUUCAAUAUCUAAGCUCUUGUAGACUGAGUAGCUUAACGCUCUGGUUUUAACUUUCUCGACAAACCCGAGUGGGGUCGCUUGUUCCGCAGGCUAAAGCUUUCGGGGAUUCAUUACGAGAGGCUCUUUUUGUGUGCUGAUGGGGCCAACACGCCGGAAGCUUCAAAAUCCUACGGUAAUUUGAAUUCCUUGAAACAUUCCUAAAGAGUAACUUUUUUGCUUCAGAUAUCGACGAAUGUUCUUCAGGUCACCAAUGUGACAGCAGUGCGACAUGUUACAAUACAGAUGGAUCCUACACAUGCACAUGUAACAGCGGCUUCACGGGGGAUGGACGAACCUGUCGAGGUACGAGCCUUUGAAUAAAUAUGGAAUACUGCAAACGACAGCUCUGUAAAGCUUUUCGAUAAAUUAGGUUGGCUGCUAAUAGGUGAUAUCAUACGUAUAAGGAAACUUCUCAUUCUACGCAAAGUGAGUCAAGAUCAUCGUCCUGAUUAUUUCUGUCACGUCCUUUUCCAAACAUGUCCGUUCUUCACAUGGUCAUUAAAGAAAGUCAGGACUUAGCGUAAGAAGUUCGCAAGUGCUUGUCGUUUAUAGAAUAAGUUAGGUCACUCACACAUAGAGACAGUUUCGACGCAAUGUUCAGAAAAACACUACAGGAAAAGUUUACCGAUUAAGACAGCGCCUCAUUAGCACAUUUUAAGGUUUGCAGAUCCUUUUAGACAUUUAUGGAAGUUGUAGAUUUUUCCAUUUUUAUUUUAAAUUUUUUCAUAACUAACUGACCUGUUGUGUGGAGGUCCAUUAUAAAAACUUAACCCGGUGAACGGUAAUGUUUCCACCCUCGUUAUUCUUCUUGUUCUUCUCGUUCUUGUUCUUCCUCUUCUUCUACUGAUGUCGUUUGAGAAGAAACAAAAAGCAAACUGCGGUGAUAAACAUAAGAAAAUAUAAACAGAAGAAAAAAAACUUUAACUUGACGUUUCGUAUGUUCCAAACAUACACUUUCAGCAGCGGCCCGCCCCCUCCUUAUUUUUAGGCUGAACUGAAGCCCUUAGGGUUAAGUAAAAUCAUUUUCUCAGCCGAGCCCUCUACUUACUUGCAGAUCUGAAUUUGGUACUGUUUACAUGCAUAGAAUUACAAUGCAUCUCUUCUCAGUGGUCUACUACUGUUCUUGUUAGGUCUUGAAAAGUUUACUCCUAUGACUAUGACAUUCGUUGACAAAAAAGAAGAUCCAGCUUGAAAUAAAUAAAAGUCUUCUUAUCUUCCAGAUGUUGAUGAAUGCUCGCUCAACACCCAUGACUGUCACUUCCAUGCAAUCUGCACUAACACAGAAGAGUCAUUUACUUGCAAGUGCGACGUGAAUGCGCAUUACAUUGGUGACGGGAAAACAUGCACUCCUCAUCGUAAGCCGAAUUAUAUGUUUUACUUCGUUUUGUUCUCUUCGUUUUACCACUCUGCCAGUUGUUAACCUCUGUUUUGUGGGAAAAGUUAUCCACCAAUAUUUAUGUCGCCAAAGAGCAACCUCUCGCCUGCCUGUCGAUUAUCUUGAUUAUGCUCUUGUCUAAGAAUAUACUCUUAAUGAAAUUUCAAAUACACCGCAAGAGUGAUUUUCUUGUUUAUUUUUUUUGGUUGCUUCUGACUUUCUUGGGUACUUUAAUUUUGAAUGUAUUUUUUGGUUUGGUUUGUUUUGUUUUGUGUUGUGUUGUUUGUUAUUUUUUUUUCCGGUAUAGCACGCCUGGAGUCGUUGUCACUUUUCGAAAUACAGCAUCUUUUAAAAGGAUGAAUUUCUGAUUUACUUUUUUUUUACCAGGUGGUCUCGAUGACUCCGUUAUUUUAGCGAAUGAUGCCAGCAAGAUAUCGCAGUUAAAUACCUGGCUUCUUUCGCACUUGCAAAGUCUAGACAGAAGUUAUUGGAAACUGUGUUAUAGGGCCUCUAAUCAUGGCUGGAGUUCACAGACCUUUCACAGCAAUUGCGAUAACAAAGGACCCACUGUAACAAUUGUUAGGGUCGGGAUCUAUAUUUUUGGAGGCUACAACGACAAUUCAUGGCAGUGUAAGUCUUUGAAAUAGCUAAGAUACGAAGAAGGUAUCGACUAGUUGAACUGAAUUAAACCCGGGGGUUAUUAACCCCAAAUGUAAAAGGAAGGAGAGACUGGGCCUUUACAAUUUUCGCAAAUAGUUCAAAACAAGUCUAGUCUUGACUAGAUUGUCAUUAAUCACUAGCAAUACUGCCAAUUGGAGAGGAUUGUGUAGUAAGAGUUUAAUCAAAUACUCGCAACCAUGACAAUCUAAUCCAAGGUCACAACAUUGCAGAAGCAUGAACUGCAUUCAAAAAAUUUGCCAUCGUUAUUAUUGAGAAAAAUCAAUGACAACCAGUAGUUUUGAUUGGCACAAUCUGGCACAUUUUCCAUGCAUUAUCGGUGAGGACAACUGUUUUAGCCACUGGCUCCUCUUUGUACAACGGCUUGGCUGUGCGUUUUCUUGUACGAUCGGGGAUUAGACGUAUCCAGAUCUAGAAAAAUAAAUGUUUGUUCGGCUUAAAACGCGUCAAACAUGCCACAAAAGACUGUGCUGAAUCCUCGGGCUGCUUUAUUUAUAAUUUAUAUAAUUAUUAUUAUUAUUUUUAACAAGCGCGUUUGAGGCCGCGGGGGUAUGGGGCUUAGUGGAGAAGGUCGGGCUUAGUACGGCUGUAGUGCAGCUGGUUCUACCAGGUCUUUUUCUUGAAAUCUGAUAGGGGUGGACCGCCGUUUCUUUUAAAUUUUCUAAUGGAAAAGCCCUGGGGACCAAGUUGGUGGUAAUUUGUGAUGCUCCAAUUCAUGAGGAUUUGAGCGUGAUUUAUGUGGUAUUUCACGCAUUGUAUACUACUUCCCUGCUCUCAGUAUUUACUAAUCCACCACCGUUUCCUAAAAAUACACCAUUUUACAGCUGUGGGCUUAGUAUCCUAGACUUCGAAUGAGUGCAAGACUGAGGUUGACCAUGAUUGAUAGAUAGUUGGAUAGUUUAUUAACAAUACUUUGCUGCACAAAGGCUGAAUUACGUAUUUACAAAUUAUGCAAUUGAUAAAAUGUGUAUAUAAAACUAAUAACCGUAAAUAAAAAAGUGUGAAAAACGUGAUAAAAAGUCUAAAAAUCUACGUACAGGAUCAAAUAAUAAAACUAUUCCUAAAACGAUCUGCCUUGCAUUUAGGUACAAUGAAGCGACUGUUGCACCUUAGAGCAUAACAAUGUUUUGAUACAAACCUCCUUUGUUUUGUUAUGGAAAUUAUACUUAAAAAGUGCUUGUUGAAAGAAAGCAGAAAUGGUUGUAUCAAAGCAAGGUCCACUCCAGCCUCGUUUUCAUCCAUAGUUGUAAAAUGGUCUAUUGAACUCGACUGAGUUACACUGAAUCUCUAAUUGUUUGUGUUCUGUUUUUUUGUCUCUUCAGGGUCUGCUGGUUAUCAAUAUUCGACAAAUACUUUCUUGUACUCACUAAAAAACUACAACGGGUAUGGAUACUUCAAACAGGACAUAACCAACGGCUACUAUGACUACGCCACUUACAGCGAUUAUAAUUAUGGUCCAGUCUUUGGUGGGGGCUUUGAUAUGUAUAUUGAGGACAAUGCGGGAAGAAAUACCUAUUCUGGCUUUAAUUGUCACUCGUACCGCAGGCCUUAUUGCGACUAUAGCAUUUGGGUUGGAACACGAGACGGGAAUCAUUUCCGCCCAGAUGAGUUGGAAGUUUAUUAUGAAGUGCUUGCUUGA